UUCCAUUUCUACCCCUUCCGCCGCCGCCGCAGCCAUGGCGACGCGGCGAUGCCUCCUCCGCCUCCUCUCGCGCCGCCUCGUCGCCCACAGCACUCAACCCCUCGCGGCGGCCUCGAUCCCGACGCGAAGCCUAACCUCCCUGGUCCAGCCCCUCGCGCCCCGGAGUCCCCGCGCCGCCCUCGAUUCCCCUCGGCUCUUCCCCUCGCGCUGCCACUUCGCGUCCCGGUCCUCGGGGGACGAAGAGGAAGGGGAUGAUGAGGAUCACUACGAGGAAGAAGGGAGCGAGGACGAGUGGGGGGAGGAGGAGGAGGAGGAGGCGGUGGCCGCGAAGCCCCCCAGCGGGAAGACGGAGGAGGAGAAGGUGGCGGAGGCGGCGGAGAUAGGGUACAAGGUGAUGGGCCCGCUCGGGGCCGACGAGAAGCCCUUCAAGCCCUACGAGCCCGUGUUCGCCGUCGUCCAGAUUGGUUCACAUCAGUUUAAGGUGAGCAAUGGCGACUCAAUCUUCACGGAGAGGUUGAAGUUUUGCGACGUGAAUGAUAAGUUAAUUUUGAAUCGAGUUCUCAUGCUUGGUUCACAAACUCAAACGGUCAUUGGGAGGCCAAUUCUUCCUGAUGCUGCUGUUCACGCUGUUGUUGAAGAGCAUGCGCUAGAUGCAAAAGUUAUAAUAUUCAAGAAGAAAAGAAGAAAAAAUUAUCGCCGAACAAAGGGCCACCGUCAGGAAUUGACAAAGCUGAGAAUAACCAACAUUGAAGGAAUAGAUAAAUCAGAGCCUGCUGCUGUUGCUGCUUAAAUUAAGUCUGAGGCUGCUUUUUUUUCUGUUUACAUCACAUCACCACUUCCAAGGCAGUCCAUGCUGGUUUUUAGAUUUCUUUCAAUCAAAUCUUGAUGCGCUUGCUGUUGCUUAUUCCCAUUCACUAAUUGAAAGAGCCAAAGCUGAAGCACUUAUCUGUGUAUCCACAUUAUGGGCACGGGCUACUCAAGCUAUGCCUUCUCACACAAUGCCAAUGUCUUGACCAGUUUGGAUAUUCUGAUGCGGAUCACAUCUUGUAGUUACAGCGAAACUGACCUCCUGUAUUCUUUUUCCAUUUACUGGCGUACCUCCCCGAAUCAAAUGUCUUCUAAUGCAUCACUGCCAAUGGGCCAUGUAUACUGUUCAAACCAUUAAUAAUAAACUGAAAGUUUGGUUACCAUUUGAUUAGAAAUCUGAACUGAAAAUGUACCAGCCUAUGCUAAUCUAACUUAUGAUGAUAUGUAGAGCCAUAGAGGGAUAUCUCUUGUAACUUGUUAAGUGUCAUAAAAAACCUUCAAAACAGAUUGUUAC